UUGCUUAAUCAACAUUACCGCUGUCCGGCUCAACAAAAUAGUUCGUCUUGCCUUAGUCUUGUGUAACUGAAAAAAUGAUUUCAGCAAUAUCAUGGAUACCAAAGGGUGUUGCGAAAGCUGUACCAACAGUCGCACAACCAACGGAAGAGGAACUAGAAGCCAUGCGAGCUCAGUUAGAAGCGGAGGCUGGCGACGACGAGGACGACGAGGGCUCGGAGUCCAACUCAGAUGACAUGGAUAGCGACGAGCCAGCAAAGGACGAGUCCGUAGACGAUGCCGUGGCGCGCGCUAGGGCUGUGGCUUCGGCCAUGGCAUCGUCAAGAGCCGCCGCCGGCGGCAGCGCUUCCGCAGGCACCGGUGGCCUGGAGGAUGCCAUGCGCGAGCUGGACAUGGACCACUACGACGACUCGGGCGACGACGAGGCUGACGUCAUCAACCGCGUGCUGGGCACCUCCGGCCGCGCCCGGCUAGAAUACGCCGACGGCGAGGCCGACCCCUACCUCAAACUCGGCGAUGACGACAGCGAAAUCGAGGACUUCACCCUCCGCCCCAGUGACCUCAUCAUCCUCUCCGCUAAAAACGAGGACGACGUGAGCAACCUGGAGGUGUGGGUGUACGAGGAGGCUGACGGCGGCGGCGAGGCCAACCUGUACGUGCACCACGAGGUGCUGCUGCCCGCCUUCCCGCUCUGCCUGGCCUGGCUGGACUGCGACCCACGGGGUGAUUCUGCCGUACGACGCAACCUUGUGGCGGUGGGCACCCUGGAGCCGGCGAUUGAGGUGUGGGACCUGGACGUGGUGGAUGCGGUGGAGCCGCUGAUCUGCCUGGGGGGCGUGGACACGGCAGCGGCGGCGGGGGCGGCGGAGGCGGAGGGAGCAGGGGAAGCGGAUAAGAAGAAGAAGAAGAAAAAGAAGAAGAAGUCCAAGGCCAAGCUGCUGCCCGGCAGCCACGAGGACAGCGUGCUGGGGCUGUCCUGGAACCGGGAGUUCCGCAACGUGCUGGCGUCGGGCAGCGCGGACUGCACUGUCAAGGUGUGGGACCUGUCUCGCGGUGUGUGUGAGCACACGCUGCGGUGCCACACGGACAAGGUGCAGGCGGUGGCGUGGAACCCAGCCGAGUCGCCGGUGCUGCUCACCGGCUCAUUCGACCGCUCCGUGUGCCUGGCUGACGCCCGCACGCCCCAGGGCGACCCCGCCCGCUGGCGUGUGACUGCUGACGUGGAGGCGUUGUGCUGGAACCCGCACGCGCCCACCUGCUUCCUGGUGUCCAGCGAGGACGGCAUCGUGGCGCAGUACGACGCGCGCAAGGGGGCGGACAGCGCGGCCAUGUUCCGGUUGUCGGCGCACAACAAGCCCACCUGCUCGCUCAGCUUCUGCCCGGCGGUGCGGGGGCUGCUGGCCACCGGGUCGACGGACAAGAAGGUGAAGCUGUGGGACCUGUCCGGCUCCGCUCCCGCGCUGGUGUGCACGCAGGACCUCAACACGGGGGCGGUCUUCUCGGCGGCCUUCUGCGGGGACGCGCCGCACCUGCUGGCGGCGGGCGGCGCGGGCGGAGAGGUGGUGGUGUGGGACGUGCGCGCGCACCCCGCUGUGGCGGCCAAGUACCCCGAGUUCGCAGCCACACUGCCGGCAGGGGGGCCGCAGCAGGAGGAGGACUAGGCGGGGGGAUGGAGGCGGCGAAGGGCGCGGGUGGUAGGGUGUAUAGAUGUAGAAGGUUGCGGUUGUGGGAUGGGGGAUGAGGGCAGGGAAAGAGGCGGGAGGUCCGGGGCUAUGCGGGCUUCAUGUGGUUGGGGUGUGUUCAGGGCCGAGAGAUUGCUGCGGACGCCAGGCUGCUGAGGGAAGAUUGAAUGGAGGAGGGUACAUGCACACGGAGGAGGCGACAGGCCAUGAGCACCUGCAUGUGAUGGCGUUGCAAGAGGGGGCUUUGCAGGCCACAGACACAUGGGCGGUAGCGCCCUACGCUGUGUCAUGUACAUAACGGGUUCCUUGCGCGCAUCCCUAUCUUUUGGAAAAUGCGGUUCUGGCAAGUGGAAUGUUGCAUUAGUCGGGCUGAAGUCGUAGUUGGGAUGCCUGUAUGCCUACACACUGCCGUCCGUUCCGCAGCUCAACUACUCGGCACUAGACUCUAGAACACGAGAGAGGAUAAAACAGCCCCUACAUGGCUGGAGUAUGCCGUGCAACAUCCAGGCUCGGGUCGAUCCUGUAACCUCACUCCAUGAGGAUGACGCAUUAAACAAUGUUCGUUCGGUGCCGAAUGCAUUGUCUGUGUAACAGCGCUGUGCUCU